GAGAGAGAGAGAGAGAGAGAGAGGAGACAGGGGUCGAGGCCAAGAGAUGGACGUUGCCCGAGGCAGAGCAGGGAGAAAGUGAAAUCGAGGGGAGAGGGGCAGGGGCAGAGGCAGAGGCAGAGCUGCUGCUGCUGAUGCGCCAGAGGACGGGGAGUGGAGUGGAGCAGAGACAUUGCUAAUGAAAGCCUGCGGGAGAGAGGGAGAGGCGGGGAAACACGCGGCGGAGAGCGGACGGAAGGAGUGAGGAGUAGGUGGCAAUUGGACGCGAGGGGAAUGGAGGCGUAGGGUGGUGGGUCGGGGAAGGAAGUGUGAACGGCGAGGGCCAGAGAGAGGCCAGCGAGGGAGGGCUGGGGUGCCUGUGCAUGAAGGACAUGACAGCGCUUUGAGAGGGAGGAGGUUGGGGAAUCUCUCUCUCUCUCUCGCUCUGUGUGUCUUCUCCUCAUUCUCUCCGCGGUAGCGUUGGCGGACUUCGGUCCGGGGUGUCGAGCAGGAUGCACGCCGCCGUUUCGUGUUGCGGUUUCUCUCAUGCGUUGUCUCCCGCAAUCCAGGGCCGAAAGAGGGAGGCGUUGUCGACUGCGAGAUGCACGGAUUAUCAACAGCUGAUUCUUAAAAGUGGCCAAGGAAGGUUGUCCGCCUUAGGCCCUUGCGGCUUCUGCAAGUCCACUUGGACGAAAGGAGGGUCUUCUCAGCUUGCUGUGGAGAAAACAAGGAUGCAGGUGCAUUCUGUCCAUGCCGCGAGUGUGGAGACUAACGAGCCGCUUGUCCGGAAAGAAGUUGAAGCCUCUGCAGACCGGUUAGGUGUGCUGGAUGUGGAUCCGGACCUGUCUCCACAUGCUGAUCAUCUUCGAUACAGGUUCAAUCAGUACCAAACCAAAAAGGAGCUGAUUGAGAAGUACGAAGGAAGUCUCGAGGAAUUUUCUGAAGGUUACAAGAAAUUUGGUUUCAACCGGCAAGAUGGUGUCACAGUUUACCGAGAAUGGGUACCAUCAGCCAAGGAGGCAAUGCUCGUCGGUGAUUUCAACGGGUGGAAUGGUGCUGAUUACCGGAUGGAGAAAAAUGAAUUUGGAGUCUGGAGCAUUAGCCUUCCGGAUAGGGAUGGAAAGCCUGCAAUUCCCCAUGGUUCUAAAGUGAAAAUCAGAUUAAUGAAGAAUGAUGGUAAUUGGGUGGAUUGUAUCCCAGCAUGGAUAAAGUGGGCCAUUGUGGAUCACAGCAAGUUUGCCGCCGCGUACGAUGGCGUAUACUGGGAUCCACCUGCAUCUGAGAGAUACGAGUUUAAGAACCCUCGCCCUCCUCAGCCGACUGCGCCUCGCAUCUACGAAGCUCACGUAGGAAUGAGCUCUGCGGAGCCACGAGUUGCAUCUUACAGGGAAUUUGCUGACAAUGUGCUACCCCGCAUCAAGGCCAACCACUACAAUACCAUUCAAUUAAUGGCUGUGAUGGAACAUGCCUAUUACGGUUGCUUCGGGUAUCAUGUGACCAAUUUCUUCGCUGUCAGCAGUCGUUCUGGGACCCCUGACGACCUCAAGUACCUAAUUGACAAGGCUCAUGGUAUGGGAAUCCGUGUUUUGAUGGACUGCGUUCACAGUCACGCUAGCACGAAUACUUUAGACGGCCUGAACGGUUUUGAUCUCGAUCCUGGUAAAGGAGGGUCUUAUUUCCAUGACGGUGCCCGAGGUUAUCACAGUCUAUGGGAUAGUCGUCUCUUUAAUUAUGGCGCGUGGGAAGUGCAACGAUUUUUGUUAUCAAAUUUGCGAUGGUGGUUGGAAGAAUAUCAGUUUGAUGGCUUCCGAUUUGACGGUGUCACUUCAAUGCUAUAUCACCACCAUGGAUUGAACAUGGGCUUUUCUGGAAACUAUCACGAGUAUUUUAGUCCUGCCACAGAUGUAGAGGCCGGAGUAUAUCUUAUGUUGGCGAACGAGCUCAUUCAUAAGCUCUUGCCUAGCGCGACUAUGAUAGCAGAAGAUGUAUCUGGCAUGCCUACUCUUGGCAGGCCUGUUUCUGAGGGGGGUGUAGGUUUCGACUAUCGUUUGGCCAUGGCCAUACCAGAUAAGUGGAUCCAAUACAUGAAGGAGAGAAAGGACGAGGAUUGGCAAAUGGGAGACAUAGUUUACACUCUUCUGAAUAGGAGGUAUACAGAAAGGUGUAUCGGCUACGCAGAGAGUCACGAUCAGUCCUUAGUGGGAGACAAAACGUUCGCCUUUCUACUCAUGGACAAGGAGAUGUACUUCGGCAUGUCAGCUAGCAAUCCGUCAUCACCUGUUGUCGACCGUGGUAUAGCUCUUCACAAGAUGAUACAUUUUAUUACCUUCGCUCUUGGUGGCGAAGGGUAUCUUAACUUCAUGGGAAAUGAGUUUGGUCACCCAGAGUGGAUUGAUUUCCCAAGGGAAGGUAACAACUGGAGCUACGAUAAAUGUAGGAGACGUUGGGAUCUGUGCGAUGCCGAACAUUUGCGUUACAAGUACAUGAACAACUUCGACCAAUUAAUGAACGACCUUGAUGAAAGGUUUGGCAUCCUAAGCAGCAACAAGCAGUACACUUCAUGUGUGAACGAGAUGGACAAGAUGAUCGUCUUUGAGAAAGCGGACAUGGUAUUUGUAUUCAACUUCCACCCGUUUAAGUCAUAUGAAGGAUAUAAAGUCGGCUGCGAGUUGCCUGGAAAGUAUCGAGUUGCCUUAGAUAGUGACGUUGCGGAGGCUGGAGGCUUUAGCCGGAUUGAUCAUUCUAUAGAUCAUUUCACUUCCCCCGAGGGAACUCCUGGAAUUCCAUCGACGAACUUCAACAAUCGUCCUCAUUCAUUUAUGGUUUUAGCUCCUUGUCGGUCCUGCCAGGUGUACUAUAAAGUACCAGAACCAUGAAUCUGAUAUUGCUAUUGUAUGAGCAGGUGUAUUAUAAAGUACCAGAACCAGAUGUAGAGCAAUUAGGACAAGCUACUGUAAAUGGAGAUGCCGAGUUAAGUCGAGAUUCUGAUAGCGUUCUUAAGGAUGUUGGGGACAGUCUCUUUCUCACUUCUGAAGAUGAUGCAGAGACCAGUGCUCAAUAAAUUCCAUCUCAAAUGGAUGGUCUGUAUAUUUAUCAUGGGUUGUACAAUGAAUAUCGUUUAGGCUUUAUUUUUUCCCCCUGCAUUUCGGAGGUACCUUACCAUUUGCAGGUGUCAGGUUUUCCAUGUUUGGCAUCAACAAGUCCUGUUAGUCCUAUCAUCGAGAAGCGACGUUGCCUUCCGACUCUUAAUGUACGGAUUGACCGCGACGAAAGCCGGUUGUUGUCAGUGGAGUUAGCUUAUAUGUAGGUGAAGAUAUUUGUGAGCUUGAUCGCAAGGUAGCAUCUUGUCUAAGAGGAGGUAUUUGCAAUUCCGUGAAGUGAGGUUUUAGCGCUACGAACGCAAGUAGACAAGUAGAUAAUUCAGGGAAGAUAUUAGUUUUUGAAGGGAAUUUUCAGCAUCUUUAGCACCAGGCGCUCGUCCUCCAACAGGGGUAAAUUAUAUGCGUUCCGUAGAGUGAAGAGGCAUUGUUGAUAACUCUGAUGAGCAGCAGCGAAUCAAUUUUGUAUCACUUUCCUUGUUUAGACUUGCGUAAGCUAUUUCGCUAGGAAUCCAACCAUCUUGCAAGUAGUCUUGUCGAAAUACGGGACAUUUGGGUGAAGCUAUCCAAACGAAGAAAUUCCACCAGGUUACCGCUGUGAUUAUUUACGAGUUAUGUUUCUGUGCGUUGAUACAUUUCCAGGAAUGAACCAUUUAUGGUUUGGUUU